CCUCUGUGUUUCCUUCGGCAUGUUUUGCAGGCUCGGAAGCAAUAUUUCGACUUCAAACCUCGCAGACGCGCCAUUCUCUCUGACUCCAGAAUCCUCUGCUUCAUCACUCUUUCGCUCUCGUACACUAUAUAUGUGUGCGUGUGUCAGUGUUUAUGAUUCUGUGUCUAAUUAGUUUUCCUAUCGGAGUGGAAGUUUUGAAGUUCGGAGCUCAAUUUUCCGGCUCCGGUGGAGGAGCUUGUGUGCACGCUGGAUCACACCGCCGUUUCGUGGUUGGCGGCGUCGAAUCGAGGCUCAAUUCGGAUGAACGAGAACGGAGAGGUUUCGUUUGAUUGAUAUGCUUGCGAUGACAGAAUCAGGAUUUAAUUAUGAUGAUUUAGUUCGCGAGGCUAAAAAUAGGUGGCUGAAACCUGCUGAAGUGCUCUCCAUAUUACAGAAUCAUGAGAACCUCCAGAUCACCCAUGUGCCCCCUGAAAAGCCUCCAAGUGGCUCUUUGUUUCUCUUCAACAAGAGAGUAUUAAGGUUUUUCCGUAAAGAUGGUCAUAGGUGGCGGAGGAAGAAAGAUGGGAGAGCUGGGGGAGAAGCACAUGAAAGGCUUAAGGUAGGAAAUGUUGAAGCUCUCAAUUGUUAUUAUGCACAUGGAGAGCAGAAUCCUAAAUUUCAAAGGCGCAGCUAUUGGAUGUUGGAUCCGGCAUAUGAGCACAUUGUUUUUGUUCACUAUAGAGAUAUAUGUCAGUUUCCUUGAGUGGUAAUGCUUAUGCCAUCUGUUUUACUUGUGAAUCACAGGGAGGACAGAAGACCCUAUCCGUGCCGCAGCUUUCUCCAGUGUCUUCUACCAUCAAUCAGAAUCCCAGCCCAUAUCCUGUUCAGUAUACAAGCUAUACGGCAGCCAAUGGUGGAAUUUUUGAAGCAUACUCUAGUCCUGGAUCUAUGGAGAUUAGUUCUUUUCCUGUCACUAACAGUAACGGGACAAAUCAUUCAAGUGGCACAGUAGAGGAGGAUAGUAGCCCAUCUGCGCAUGAAAUAAGUGAAGUAUUGAAAAGGAUUGAGGAGGAGUUAUACAUGAAUGAUGGCAUUGUGCCACUGUACAACACCAUAGAGAACUCAGCUCAUGUUGACAAUAUCCGAGAUGAUCUUCAUAACUCAAUUAAUCAGAUUCCAGAAGAUUCAAACUGUGAUCUGUUGCAGCGACGUUCAGGUGACCUAACUGAGUACCGUGAUCAACUUCUGGGGCACGAAGUUAAUUUAUGGAACAUGGACGAUGGAUAUGGGAGUUCUGUGGAUGGGAAGAACAUCCUGCUUGCAAGGGAUCUAGUGGAAACACCGGAAAGCGUUUCAUGGCUUAAUUUUGAUGGAGAUUUCAGAUAUCCUACAUUUUGGCCGGAAAUAAAUACUGAUGGAAGUAAUCCUGACCAAUCCCAUGCAUUAUUUGACCAAGAUCAGAAUGGAAUUUCUAUUGCUCAAAAGCAGAAGUUCAGAAUUGCGGAUUUAUCUCCUAACUGGGGAUAUGCUGACGAGGCUACAAAGGUUAUCAUUAUCGGAUGUUUUCUUUGUGAUCCAUCAGAGAGUGAAUGGAAGUGUAUGUUUGGAGACAUCGAAGUUCCUGUCCAGAUCAUUCAAGAAGGUGUCCUCUGUUGUCAUUCUCCUCCACACUUGCCCGAUAAAGUCACUCUCUGCAUUACCAUGGGUAACCAGGAACCAUGCAGUGAGGGCAGGGAAUUCGAAUACAGGGUCAAGUCCACUGGUACUGCUGAGAGCUGUCUGCCUGAAACACAAUGCACUAUUAAGAAUACUGAAGAACUAUUGUUGCUUGUAAGAUUUGCAAAGAUGCUUCUCUCUGACGGGUCAAGGUGUAGUACAGAUAGUCCUGAAUCAGGAAAUAAACUUUUGGAAAAAGUCAAAGCAAGUGAAGAAUUAUGGGGUGAAAUGAUUGACACUCUUUUAGUGGGCAAUUCAACAUCAAGUCUCACAGUUGAUUGGCUUCUUCAGGAACUUUUGAAAGACAAGUUGCAGCAGUGGCUUUCUUCUAAAUUGCAAGGACAAACUAAUCUCUCAGACUCAGACUGUGUCUUGUCCAGGAAAGAACAAGGGGUAAUACACAUGAUUGCUGGGUUGGGAUUUGAGUGGGCAUUGCAACCUAUAUUAGAUGCUGGAGUAACAGUUAAUUUCCGCGACAUCAAUGGUUGGACUGCUCUACACUGGGCUGCACGGUUUGGGAGGGAAAAAAUGGUUGCUGCACUCAUAGCAUCUGGUGCAUCAGCUGGAGCAGUUACUGAUGCUACUAAACAAGAUCCUAUUGGUCAGAGCCCUGCAGAUAUUGCUGCUUUGUACGGACACAAAGGACUUGCAGGUUAUCUUUCAGAAGUGGCACUCACUACCCAUCUUUCCUCCCUUACAUUGGAAAAAAGCGAACUUGCUAAAGGAGCUGCUGAGGUGGAAGCAGAAAGAACCAUUGGAGGCAUCUCUGAAACAGGUGCCACAACAAAUGAGGAUCAGCUUUCGCUGAAUGACACAUUAGCUGCAGCCCGUAAUGCUGCUCAAGCUGCUGCGCGUAUUCAAGCUGCAUUCCGGGCACAUUCCUUCAGGAAGAGACAGCAGAGAGAAGCCGAAGCAACAGCAGCUGCUGCUUUUGCCACCGGAGAUGAAUAUAGUAUCCUCUUAAACGACAUCCAAGGUCUUUCAGCUGCAUCAAAGCUAUCAUUUCGUAACUCACGCAAUUACAACUCUGCAGCUUUAGUCAUUCAAAAGAAAUAUCGAGGAUGGAAAGGGCGGAAGGACUUCCUUGCAUUCCGUCGGAAAGUAGUGAAGAUACAGGCUCAUGUACGAGGCUAUCAGGUUAGAAAGGAAUAUAAGGUAUGUUGGGCUACCGGGAUUCUAGAGAAGGUAGUACUGAGGUGGCGCAGGCGGGGAGUUGGUCUCCGAGGAUUCCAUCUAGAGAUCGAUGAAAGUGAGGGUGAAGCCAUUCUGAGAGUAUUUCGCAAGCAGAAAGUGGAUGCUGCCAUUGAUGAGGCAGUCUCCAGGGUUCUCUCCAUGGUUGAAUCUCAAGAGGCACGUAAUCAGUACCGUCGCAUUCUUGAAAAAUACCGACAAGCUAAGGCUAAGCUUCAAAGUGCGGAAACUGACGCAAAAACUUCUCAUGACAGCAUGUCUAAUAUGGAAAAUGAUGACUUAUAGCAGUUUUUACUGAGUUGCGUAUCUGCAGAUUCUUCCAUACCGAGUUCGUUCAUUCACAAUAGGAACACUCGAUCUGGUGAGCUAUCUUGUAUAUAUGUGGAUUGGCUUUUGAUUUUUUGGAAUUUGAGUGUGCUGUUUAUGUCUGAUGGUAUAACUAGCUUUGAAAAAAAAAAAUUUAUAUAUAGAUGUAGUGCCCGUAAACAAUGGGAGUUCGUUCUAUUGUACAUAUUCUCAAUUCUAGAUUCACUUGGUACCAAAUGUUAUUCAACUGUUGGCCUUUAUUAGUCAUCAAUGAAAUGAUAUUUUAUAUUCCAAUUCAA